GAAAAUUCAAUGGAGCAGAUGCGUUCGCUCUAAGACAGAAGAGCCGUCUCGAGGAGCAGUACAAGACUGGAGACUAUGUGGUGUAUCGGAGAGACGUGCAAGCAGGAUGGUGGUCAAUUCAAAUAAGCAGAGACCUCGAAACGCCUCCACAUAGAGAUUGUCACAACUUGAAGAAGAGCAAGAACCAGCUGACGACGCUGGGUCCUCAUGAGGGAGGACAUCUGUGGGUCAAGGACGAAGACGGCGAUGUGAUGUUCGGGGAACAGAGAGGUCGUAUCUUGGAUAGCCGCAACAAGCUCGCUGUCUUUGACCCAGAUCAGGUGCAUGAGUGGUGCAUGCGACUCUUCCAUUCGAAGGUGGAUCUUGGUUUCAACUUGGACCCCAUCGCAACGAUUGCGCCGAACAUCGCGAGUGAGAGAGCUCAACGAGGUGAUGAGCAAGUGCACGAGCAAGGAUCAUUGGAAGGUACACUAGAGAAGCGCAUCGCUUUGAGGACGGUUCGAGUGACGUGGUUCGUGAUGAAUGGGGAUUGGUUCCCGAAGCAUCUGGACUCACAGACCUCGCAUGGGUUUCCCGAAUUGGCUCCGGAUACACCCGAGUUCCGAGCUUUCGUGGCAGAGAGGUUUAGUCCAGGAAGUGAACAGCAAGCGGGAAAGAAACCCCGCAAGAUGAACUAUUUCAAGUGUGAAGAUCAUGUCAAGGAAGGCAUCAAGGGAGCCCGUAAGGAAGAAUGGGAGGAGUGCCAGAGGUACAAUGCAGCCAUCCCAGUCCAGGGCGAGAUGUUGCAACAAUUGCUCAACGAAGGAAACAAGCCGAUCCCGAGCCAGUGGAUCGACGUUGACAAGAACGAGCACCAGAAGGGGAGUGAGGACUACAGGCCCAAGUAUCGCAGCCGACUUUUGGCGUGCGGACAUCUAGAACAUGUUGAUAGGAGUGAGCUUCGUUGUGAUAGUCCCACUGCUGAUGCUGAAGUUCAUUGUCUCAUCGCGAGCUAUGCUGCAUCAAGACGGUUGAAGCUGCGUUGUGGUGACAUCACCAACGCUUACUUUCAGGCGUCUCCGCUUGAAAGGGUGCUGAUCAUGCGGCAGCCAUCGGGGGGACUCCCAGGUGUUCCGGAGGAGGCUAUGCUUCUCUGCAGACUCCCAAUCUACGGGACCAUCGAUGCAGGGCGUGGUUUGUAUUACUUGCUCGGGUCGGACGGAUUGCCGGCUAUCAUCCUCGCAACUCACGUUGACGAUCUGUUAUGGUGUGCAACACCGGAAGGCACGGAAACUAUGGAGCGAAUUUUGGCUAAGUUCGAUGUUGGGAAGAUUGAGGACACAGACUUCCGAUUCUGUGGUCGGAGGUUCCGGCAGGCCGAGGACUUCAGCGUGCGCAUUGACACGGAGGACAACACGCGGCAAAUUCGGAAGAUCAACAUCCCAACAGGACGAAGGCCACGGAUCAUGCAACCGAGGCUGAGGGUGAACAGUCUUCAAAGAUCAUGCUCCAAAGCGACGAUCGCCGACUUGAAGGAAGCUAACCGCGUGGUCGAGCUCGCCCAGGCGGACCAGGAAUCCGGUUUGAGGAGCCAGCAGGGCAGGUUGCAUUACCUGACCACAGAGAGCACGGCGAAUGAAAAGCACAUUGCGCAUGUGAAGAGUUACGGAUCUACAACGCUGACGGCUCUGACGGCCAUCGUGUGUGAACUGCGUGGGCAACUACCUUCCUUGAAGGCGUGGACCGACACGGCCACGCAGAUUUCGGCGUUUGCUUUUGUGCUACCUUUCAUGGUAUGGGCUGCACUUCGUGUCGAUGAUGUUCAAUGGAUCAAAAGGGACACCCUGGCACUGACCGGGUCGCAAGAUGGUGAGCUCCCGAUUUUUGUGCAUCGCAGAGCUUCUUUGAGUGGAGUGGAUUGGCUUAGUGAGGGACUAGGCCUUUUCUUGGAGUCCACGGCCACCCUGCCGUCUGAUAUUUUCUUGGGAAAGCCGCAUAGGAGAGGUGGCGGUGUUACCAGCCGUCACUUGAGCAAUGUCGAUUUCAGCAGUUGUCUAAAAGCAGUCCUGAUUGAGCUCCCUGCUGUACGCCGUCGGGAAGCGAUUCCCAAUAGCCGCUUGGUGCCAGAGGCCUUAGUGGGGUUUUGGUCAGGACACUCUGCUAGACACAAUUUGGUGUCUUGGGCAGGGGCCAUGCGUGUGCCACAGGAACAGCGGAACUAUCUUGGCAGGUGGCAGACAGGUCGCGGCUCUUCCGACACGUACAUGAUCACAUCGAGACAAGUGGUGCUGGAGAUCCAAGAGAAGGUCUUGAGAGGGAUCUCCUAUGGCGGCGACUUUGGAAACGACAUAUUCGUUGAGACCGAGCUUGUGGAGGCAAUCAUUGACUUUGCCAAAGCUCGAGGGGAUAGCACCAUCCAGAUUGGUUCCGCAGUGGAUGACGAUCCCAUAGACAUCGUGCUGCCCCAACCUUCUGAGGUCUAUGACACCAGGGAGUGUGGAAGCUGGAGGCAGGGGUGGCAGAUGCUCGGUAUCGCAUGUUGCCGACUCAGCAUCAGGCAGAGCCCUCGAAGUCACGUGAGCAGGGUAGUGCAACGCAUGGCAACCGACGACCAGAAAAAGUGCCACCUUCACGAGAAGGUGGAUGCGGAUCUGGUGUUCACUUUAGACGAGGCCGGGGUACCGCUGGCCGCUCAGUAUGAACUGAGUUUGCAGUACCCCUCCGUCAGAAGGUUCGCAGCAAUGGCUGAUAGCAAGACGGAGCUCCGCACUGCACUGAAGGCAGAUUUGCACAUCGAUCCAGAUGGAGGGGCAACCCAAAGAGCUACAAUGGCUUCGUUAGUCACGGCAUGGCAGGCAUGUUCGGACAUGGCAGAAAAAGAGCGUCAGCAGCGCUCUGAAGCAAAGGUUCUCGGUGUACCGAGAACCCUCAGCUACACGGAUCGGAACGCCAUGCUCCACGCUUACGAGAGGAGCUACGGCCAUCUAGAAGACCGUGAACAGCCCUCGAGCGACUAUGUAGCUCUCAAGGUUGAAGAAAUCGAGCAGGGCGAGCUCUUGGCUUCUGCGUUGGACGAGGUCGGUUCCAAAGACGAGGCAUUGACUCUCAGCGUUCAGAGCUCUGUGGAUGCUUCAGGGCGCUUGCGGGUUACCAGAGAACGCAAGAAGAGCAAACUCCCAGAGGACUCGGAGGAACUGCGAGCCAAACUAUGCUUGGAAGCUACCGCCAUGACCAUGCUCGGAGCCAAAUUUCAAACAAGGGCUUGGUUUGUGCGGUUGGAGCCCCAGGUCUUUGCCAACUAUGCUGAGUACUUGUUAGGUGAGAAAUGUUAUCGACUCCAAGUACCCAAGGCAGACAGUGAAGGAACAGAGACGUUGUCCCCGCCGUGGGGCGUCCUGCUCCGCUACGAGCAGGCCGUGCGGAAAGAAGCGUACAAAAAUGCGGUCCGUGAGAAUCGCAGUAUUGCUGACACACUCCCGGAGGCGUGCAAGAACUCCGAAAUCAAGGAGAUUCACUUCCUAUCUCCUACAGUUCUAGCAAGGCUUGGGCGUCUACAAGUCUACAAGGGCAAGGGCAAGAAGAAGGGCUUCGCGAAGGGCAAGACUAUCACAGGCAGGUGUGCCUCAAGACAGACCACGGCCGCAAUGAUUGCCCCCAGAAGCCAUCGCCCAAGAAGGCCAAACAGUGAUCAGAUACACCGGCGCCUUUCCCACCAGGUGCCGGUGAUUUUCCAACCAAGGUGGGGGCCACAGAUGCGCAGAGCACGGGAGUUUCAGUGGACGGAGCUCCCAGGUCUGACAUCAUCGAAGUUUUGUACCUCUUUGUGGGGGCCGCAAGAGCCUCCGACGUUGCCUUUUUCCUCAAAUCUUACUCGCAUUAUUUGCAGGUGCCGAUCACUCUCCACGAAGUGGACAUCCUCCGGCAACCGCAGGCUCAUAAUCUUUGUGACCAAAAAGUCUGGGAUCGCAUCUUCUCUGACAUCCAGCGGGGCAGGUAUAUACUUGUAUGUGAUCAUGGGGCUCGGGCAUGAGCCGCCGGGGCCCAAGCCAUUGCGAACAAGUGAGUGGCCUCGCGGGUGGCUCGCAAAGUCGGAUCACGACGAAGUGACCUUGGCAAACGUUCUAAUCGACAGGGUUCUCCAAGCUGCCACAGAGCAAGCCAGGCAAGGACAUUUCUUCAUCAUUGAGCAUCCUGAGCAGCUGGGAGUCUCGCAGGGGCUGGUUCCAGCUUCCAUUUGGGAUUGGCCAGAAAUGCGAGCACUAGUCAGCGAAGCUCAGGCCGGGACCUUCGCCCUUCAUCAAUGUCAGUUCGGAUCUGCCACAUGCAAACCAACCAGGUUCGUCACGAAUGCGCUUGAUCACAUCUUUUGGCCGGGACUGCAUUGGGGUUGGCGUCAGCUGGGGCCUCACUCCGAGUACGUAGGCCCGUUACCGCCUCCUUCCCCCAAAGGACAUCAUAACUUUGCUCUGAAAGGCAAGACCGCAACAACGUGGCGAACCUCGUCUUCGGCAGCCUACCCGCCUGCACAUCUACUCUCGCUUCGUUGA